AUGAAGUUAUUAGCCUUUGGAAUAAUCCCACUUGCCCUCUACAGUAUUUUCAAUUAUCUUUUCUAUACUUGGUUACCAUCAAAUUAUAUAUUUGAUGAAAAGGUUUUACAAGGUUUAGUUCAAGAUGUAUUAGCCAACCAUCCAGAAGGUAAUGCAACUGCCAUCAUGAUGGACUUAGCUCCAAAAAUCAAAGAAACUUAUCCAAAUAUCGUUAAUGAUUUAAAUUUCGAAGAAUGGUUCUAUAAUAAUGCUGGUGGAGCCAUGGGAACUAUGUUUAUCUUACAUGCUUCUAUUUCAGAAUACUUGAUUUUCUUUGGGACUGCAGUUGGAACUGAAGGUCAUACUGGUGUUCAUUUUGCUGAUGAUUAUUUCACUAUUUUAACUGGUGAACAGAGAGCUGCCUAUGCUGGUGCAUUAGCUCCGGAAAUUUAUUAUCCUGGGGAUCAACAUCAUUUAAGAAAGGGCCAUGUUAAGCAAUAUAGUAUGCCAAGUGGUGCUUUUGCUUUGGAAUUGGCUCAAGGUUGGAUUCCUGCAAUGUUACCUUUUGGUUUAUUGGAUACGUUAAGUUCUACUAUGGAUUUCUAUACUUUUUACUUAACUUCAUAUUAUACUGCUAGAGAUAUGGUCAAGAACUUAUUAAGAGGUAAAUUCUAA